AUGAACCCGCCACCCACGACACCUACUCCGCGGCGGUUCCUGCUGGCCAAACGGCCAUCUGCCUCAGAAACCCCGGCGCCGCAGGCAUCGCAGCAGUUCCAGUCAACGCCGCGCUUCGGCUCGUCCUCUGUACCGCAGCAUGCGCAGCGCCGGGCGCAUGACCUCGAGGAUGUCGAUGAAGACGGCGACGAGUCGUGUGACUCGUCGCCACGGGUCGAGGCGGAGCCCAAGGGAAGCCGGUUACAGGAUAUCAUUGAGAUGAAGUCCGACGACUUGAUGUCGCAGGAUACGGAGCGCCUUUCUCAAAGCCAGUACUCUUCAGGAGAGGAUGUCGAGGGUGUCCUCCCCGGCACCGAGUCGUCGCCCCUGUCGCCGGAUGGGAGGGAGGCCAAGAGGCGAAGGGUAUCUAUCUCGCCCCCCGCGCCGUCGAGCUCCCUCGAUAGUAGUCCUCCGGAGCAGGCGGCCACGCCUGCGCGGGGACACGCAUCCCCAGCAGAGGGCAACGGGUCAGAGUCUCCGGGGGAGUACGGGGGGCCGAGCCGUCGACACCAACCCGUCUUUCAACCGGCGCCACGCUUCAAGCCUACUGAUAAUGAGACGUUGCUUCCCGUCCUCCACGGGGCGUUCUCGCCCCAACAUCGCGGCGCGAAAUAUCUGCCCGGCGGACAUGCUGCCCAGUUGCAGGGGUGGCUGUCUGAAGUGAAGGGGUGGGAGGGGACGCGGGACGAAGACUCUGUGCUGAGGCUGACGGUGGAGGAGAUCAGUCCCGGCGAGCACAUGUAUCUGGCUAGGGGGAAAUCGGGGGGAUCUGGUGAUUUGAAGGCGUACAUACUUGCUGGGGAGGGCCGAUUGACGGGCUUGGGUAGGAGGGCGGCCGUGAACGUGGGGAGCGUGGUCGUCAUUGAGCAACCGGUCUGGGAGGUUGAUUUGGUCGGGGAGUGCUGGACAGUGGGCUGCAAUUGGAGUGUUGAAGGGUGA